AUGUCUAGUUUUGUAAUCCAUUAAGGUUUGAGAGGAGGUGGAGGAAUAGGAGAAAUUUAGAUUUUCCUCCUAGUCAUUCUAAUUUUAAUUCUAUUCUCAAAGAAGGUUAGUUUUUUGAUUCUCAUCAACUUCAUUUGGUGCAAUAUAAUUUUUGGUAUCAUUAUUGACAUUUUUGCAGAAUUAAGAGAUUAAAAGAAUUAAAAAGGUAUUUUAUAUUUAAAUAUUCAAUUAGAUUUUGAUUCCUUAAAUAGAUGUUAUAUAAGUGAUUUAACUAGAACUAUAUUUGAAAAUGAAGGUAUUUAAUUUUAUAAUCAUGUGUAAAAGUAUCAUAAUCCUUGGGAUUAAUUUGCAUAUCUUCUUUAUUAAAUUAAAGCUGA